AUGAGACUCUACAGGUGGAUGGACACCAUUCCCCUUCCGCCCAACUCCCACAAAAGCUUAACAAGCUCUGGCAGCAACAAAACCCAGCAGGUGUCUCAGAUCACACUGGAGCUCAGAGAAGCCUCCAGAGGAAGCAGAGGAAUCAGCACGGUGGAGUUUGCACCUUUGUUUGUGCCACUGCAACGCAGGCUGCAGACCUUCGCGGUCCUGCAGUUGAUCUUCUCUUACUUGGCCCUGCACUUGGGCUGCCGCAUAGUAUUCAUUGGCCUACUGUUCACAAGAUUCUGGAUGAUCAGUAUCUUGUACAUGAUCUGGUGGUACAUGGAUCAAGACACGCCAUGGCAGGGCGGCAGGCAGAGUGCUUUCAUAAGGCACUGGACCAUAUGGAAGUACAUGAAGGACUAUUUCCCCAUCUGGCUGGUGAAGACCGCUGAGCUGGACCCCUCCCGGAACCACCUCGCUGGCUUCCACCCUCAUGGGGUCCUCGCCACUGGAGCUUUCACCAACUACUCAGCGGCCUAUCUUGAGGCAAGCAGAGAGAGCACGGACUCAGAAAAAGUCCGAGUGCCAGUCAUUGGCCCUGAGAAGAGCCAUGACCCACUUGAAGUUAUAAAGCAAGGCCGUGGCAGGGCAGCUCUGGUGCCGAUCUUCUCCUUUGGGGAGAAUGACAUAUAUGACCAGGUUGAGAACUCUCGGGGUUCCUGGUUGCGGUGGUUCCAGGACCGACUUCACAAGAGCACUAGAGGCUCCAUCCCUCUCUUCUGUGGCCGUGGAGUCUUCCAGUACAGCUCUGGUCUCAUGCCCUACCACCGACCCAUCAGCACUGUGGUGGGGAAGCCCAUCAAGGUGCAGAAGACACCACUUCCCUCCCAGGAGGAGGUGGACAGGUUUCACCAGCGCUACAUGAAAGAGCUGGAAAAUCUCUUCGAAGCCCACAAGCUCAAGUACAACGUCCCCAGAGACCAACACUUGGAGAUCUGCUGA